UUCUCAAUUCAAUUGACGUUUCUCGACAGCAUGGGUAAUCGCGUCGCAAAUUGUCGCAAAUAAUUUAAAAUUUAAUUUAUGUACUUUUGCCUGUAAAUAUUAAAAUCAGUUAAAAAAUUUUAAAUUGUGCAUUACACCAUUUUCACUACAUUCCAUCGAACUCGAUCAUUGAAUUCGAUAUACCUACUAAUUCACGUAAAUAAUUGUGAUCAAUGAAUAAACGCUAUUAAAAUAUGAAUACAUAAUAAAAACGAUUGAAGAGUAUUUGAAUUUACAGUUAAAAUAAAUAAAAACAACAAUGAGUGCAAUCGUGAACUUCACAGAUAUAUUGAAACCAAGGAACACACAAUUUGGAAUAGUAAAAUUUAUGACAAGAACAUGGAAACCUUUAAAAACGUUAACCCUCGAUAAAUAUUACGUUCCACAAGAAUUAAAAAAAGUGGUUGCCGAUUCUGUGUACAUCGAUGCAUUUCUUGAGGCGGAAAGCAUACGAACUGGUGUUCGUAAAGAACAGUUGAAAAAAGAGGUCUUGGACUAUUUGGAAGAGAUUGCAAUGGAUGAUAAAAAACACGUUAUGAGAUGGUUGGGCAUUGUGUUUCUCAAGAUCUGCUUCAUGAUGAAAAUAGGUGUAUUUGUCAAUGAGCCUGCAGUAUUGAAGUUAAAGUCAAUGAUGGGAAAGAAUCCAGUAUUAUUCCUGCCAACACACAGAAGCUAUGCUGACUUUUGUCUCAUGACAUAUCUGUGCUAUCACUAUGACAUCUCUUUACCAGCUGUUGCUGCAGGAAUGGAUUUCUAUUCAAUGGCUGUGGUCGGUCAAACCAUGAGAGAAACAGGCGCCUUCUACAUUCGGCGAACGUUGGUAGGAGCGCCUCUGUACGCGGCCACGCUACGGCAUUACGUGCGAACCCUGGUUGCGAAGCAUGGCGCGCCCGUCGAGUUCUUUCUAGAAGGAACUAGAAGCAGGAGCAAUAAGAGUCUGCCUCCUAAGUAUGGCAUGCUGUCAAUGACGCUGGUCCCGUACUUUGCUCGCGAAGUGACAGACAUCACACUGGUUCCCAUUAACAUCAGCUACGACCGUGUGGUGGAACAGAGCUUGUUCGCGUACGAACACCUGGGAGUCCCCAAACCAAAAGAGACCACUGGGGGACUCCUGAAAUCUCUCCACAGGCUAAACGAUCACUUUGGCAACAUUUACAUCAAUCUGGGCGAUCCGAUAUCGAUCAAGGAAUAUCUGGAUCAGUCGAGCGAUCAGUCCGUUGACGCGUCCGCUCGCUCCGAAACCUUGAAACCUCUGGACUUGCAACAAUUGACUGCAAAACAAGUGGAUAUGGUUCAGGAUAUAGCAGAUUAUAUAGUGACGUUGCAACAGGAGAUCACAGUUGUCACUAUUACUAAUCUGUUGGCAAUCGUCCUUAUGGAGAGUUUGAUGAAGAAUGAGGCUUUGACAUUUGAUCAGGUUUUAAAGAAAGUGGAAUGGCUAAUAGAAGUAUUACAAAACCUCGGAGCGUCAGUGUUCGAAAAUGACAUAAAGGGCAGUGUGGAGAGAAUACUGGUCGUACACAAGAAUAUGAUCACGCUAGACAAGGAUGGGAAGCUUCGGCUCGUUCCCAGUGUACCGAUGGACGUCAACUGCGAUGUGCAACGGAAAAUGAAGGGUCACAUUCUGAGAGCGGAAACGAUGGUGAACGCAAUACCUAUCAUCCAACUGCAGCUGUACGUGAACCCCGUGCUGCACUGCUUGAUCCCGCCCGCUGUCGUGUACGCCGUUGUGCGUGCACGCGAAGUUAGUAAAGACCAAUUGUCUGCAGACUACCACCGUCUGAGAAAAUUGUUGAGACACGAAUUCUUCCAUUUAGAAAAGACUGAAGACUUGAAAUUUGACAAAGCCCUGCAGUAUUGUAUAGAGAACAAAAUCGUAACAGACACGGGCACAUUUAGACCGGGGUCAGACCAGGCGCUCCAGUAUUUAUUGCAAUGGACCAUACUGCCUGCGUUAACUACUCUGGCAACUUGUGUGGAUGUUAUGAUGCAGUGUAAGAAAUGCUCGCAUAUUCAGUUGCUGAAGCUAGUGCAGGAGCGAGUGGAGAGCGCGCGCUGUCACCCCUACUGCCUCAGCCUCGAGGCGGCCGCCAACUGUGUACAGGGACUCGCGACCUAUGGGGCUCUCACUAGGCAUAAGGAGGAAAAUGAAAUAUCGUACGAAAUCAUUCCAGAGGAAAUUGAAGAAUGUCGCAGCUUAAUCACAUCAGUAUUACCAAAAAUUGUUGUAGACUUUGGUAGUUCUAACUCUAACUUUGACUUUGCCCAGACUUAAGAUAUUGUUACAACGAGACAGCGUAACUGACAUAAAUCUGUCUCGUCUUAACUGAAACUUAAGCCUGAGCAAAGU